CAACCGAUCAGCGACAGCUGCAGGUCUGUGGGGGUUUGAUCAGGUCCUGUUUUGCUGGUUGUUUACCGUUUACCUUCUUCUUCUUCUUCUUCUUCUUCUUCUUCUUCUUCUCCUGGUCUCAGAGGAGAUGGGCUGUCUGGGAGGGAAAACAGAGGAAGAACGACUGGAUGAGAAAGCCAAACGAGAAGCCAACAAGAAGAUCGAGAGACAGCUUCAGAAGGAGAGACAGGCGUACAAGGCCACACACAGACUGCUACUGCUCGGUGCAGGAGAAUCAGGUAAAAGUACCAUUGUGAAGCAGAUGAGGAUUCUUCACGUUGACGGCUUCAAUGCUGAAGAGAAACAGCAGAAGAUUCAAGACAUCAGAAAGAACGUGAAGGAUGCCAUCGUGACUAUCGUGUCAGCCAUGAGCAUCCUGUCCCCGCCCAUCGCCAUCGGUAACCCGGGCAACCAGUUCAGGAUGGAAUACAUCAAGAGCAUCGCACCCCUGUCUGACUUCGAGUACACUGAGGAGUUCUUCGAGCAUACUCAGAAACUGUGGGAAGAUGAAGGAGUGAAGGCCUGUUUUGAACGCUCUAAUGAGUACCAGCUGAUCGACUGCGCUCAAUACUUCCUGGAUAGGUUGGACUCGGUCAGAAGCACCGACUACACACCAACUGACCAGGAUCUCCUGCGUUGCAGAGUUCUGACUUCAGGGAUCUUUGAAACCAGGUUUCAGGUGGACAAAGUCAACUUUCAUAUGUUUGAUGUGGGAGGGCAGCGGGAUGAGCGCAGGAAGUGGAUCCAGUGCUUCAACGACGUGACAGCCAUCAUCUUCGUGGCGGCCAGCAGCAGCUACAACAUGGUGAUCAGAGAGGACAACUCCACCAAUCGGCUGCGAGAGUCUCUGGACCUCUUCAGAUCCAUCUGGACCAACAGGUUUCUGAAGACCAUCUCAGUCAUCUUGUUCUUGAACAAACAAGACGUUCUAGCUGAUAAGAUUUUGGCGGGAAAAUCCAAACUGGAGGAUUAUUUUCCCGAAUAUACCAACUACCAAGUUCCUCCUGAUGCUGUUCCAGAUUCUGAGGAGGACCCCAAAGUGACUCGAGCCAAGUUCUUCAUCAGAGACGAGUUUCUGAGGAUCAGCACGGCGAGCGGUGACGGCAAACACUACUGCUACCCUCACUUCACCUGCGCUGUCGACACGGAGAACAUUCGCCGCGUCUUCAAUGACUGUCGCGACAUCAUCCAGCGCAUGCACCUGCGGCAGUACGAGCUGCUCUGA